UGGGUAAACAGUAAAGAUGGCGACGUCUGCAGUCGCAGAGGGACAACAAAGUCUAAAUGGGAUUAUAUCCGACCCUCAAUCAAAAAAUUUGACCGACCUACCGACCGAGUUGCUAGAACACAUCCUGUGCUUUCCAGUCCUCAAAAAUGUCGACAUUUGUAACGUCUCCUGCUGCUGCAAGCGGCUACACGACGUUUGCCAUGAAAGGGGGAAGGUCUGGGGACACCAGUACAAACUCAGAUGGCCACGAUUGCAGAGGUUUUAUCGUCAAAAUGAGUGCUGUGACUGGCUCAGAGAAUACAAAACACGCCAUAGAGUUGGCAUACAAAUACGAAGGACGGUGGAAUCGAUCUCUAAGAGAUUCUUCACAGAAGUCAGAUCUGUAACCCAGCCUUGCGUUGGCCAGGUGCUCGGAGACAGCUUUGCAGAAAUCGAGUCACUUGGGAUGCCAGAGCACUUUUGUGAAGACGAGCUCCUCUUCAUACUCAACUCAGAAAAGAGGUAA